CUUCAUUUAUAUCCCUGAAUCCUGAUCUUCUGAUCGGCCUUCUUAAUUUCUUGGUUUCUCUGUAUAAUCUAGAGUCGAUCGAUCUUGACAAAAGCAAGAAAUGGCAAAUUCAGGAUCCACUUGGACAGCCAAGCAAAACAAACUGUUCGAGAAUGCUCUGGCCAUGUAUGGCAAGGACACCGGCCCAGACCGCUGGCACAAUCUAGCCAGGGCAGUUGGGGGCAAAACCGUGGAGGAAGUGAAGAGGCAUUACGAGGUUCUUGUCGAAGAUGUCAGGCAGAUUGAGACUGGCCAGGUCCCCCUCCCCAAUUACAAAAAGAUCAGUACUACUACUGCAGCAACCAACAAAGGUUACAAUAAUUACAUGGAUGAAGAACAAAGGCUGAAGGGUCUGAAGCUCCAAUGAAGCCUGCAAAGUAAGAAGCCAAUGCCAAAAAAAAAAAAAAAAAGAGAAGAGUGUAUUAUGUUUCUACAAGUCUAUACAUAAAUGCAGUACUGCUAGUACUAGUACCACUCCAGGAAUAAAACCUGAUCUUAGACAUCUGUUUUGUCUUUCUCUACAAUGCUGCAUAUUGCUUUUCGUUUGCAUGUACCAAACUGCGAAGUAAUUCAACAGUGACUUGUAAUAUAUAUCACUUAUUAUUAUAUGUUAUUUUGCAAUA